GUCGGCGAGGAGGUCACUGUCCCCGGCCGGCGCCGCCGACUAGGCCGCGGGCGCGAUGGCGGAGGAGGUGAGCACCCUGAUGAAGACCACAGCGCUGAUGCGGCAGCCCGGGCGGGUGCAGGAGAUCGUGGGCGCCCUCCGCAGGGGCGGGGGACACCGGCUACAGGUGAUUUCUGAUUUUGACAUGACUUUGAGCAGGUUUGCAUGUAAUGGAAAGCGAUGCCCAUCUUCUCACAAUAUUCUGGAUAACAGCAAGAUCGUCACUGAGGAGUGUCGAAGAGAGCUCACGGCGCUCUUCCACCACUAUUAUGCAAUUGAGAUUGACCCACACCGCACCAUCAAAGAGAAGUUACCUCAUAUGGUGGACUGGUGGACCAGAGCACACAAUCUCCUGUGUCAGCAGAAGAUUCAGAAGUUUCAAAUAGCCCAGGUGGUUAGAGAGUCCAAUGCAAUGCUCAGGGAGGGAUACAAGACGUUCUUCAACACCCUCUACCAUAACAACAUCCCUCUUUUCAUCUUUUCUGCGGGCAUUGGUGAUAUCUUGGAAGAAAUUAUCCGGCAGAUGAAAGUGUUCUACCCCAACGUCCACAUUGUGUCCAACUACAUGGAUUUUAAUGAAGAUGGUUUUCUACAGGGGUUCAAGGGCCAGCUCAUACACAUGUACAAUAAGAACAGCUCCAUGUGUGAGAACUCUAGCUAUUUCCAGCAGCUUCAGGGCAGAACCAAUGUCCUCCUGCUUGGAGACUCCAUGGGGGAUCUCACUAUGGCUGAAGGAGUUCCCGGUGUGCAGAACAUUCUCAAGAUUGGCUUCCUAAAUGACAAGGUGGAGGAGCAGCGGGCACGCUACAUGGACGCCUAUGACAUUGUGCUGGAGAAGGACGGGACCCUGGAUGUGGUCAAUGGCCUGCUGCAGCACAUCCUGCGCCCGGGGGACCAGGUGGAGCGGGUGGAGCUGCAGGGAUCCUGAGGGUGCAGGCCGCUCAGUGCGAACACAGAGGAAAGUCCAGGGCAGCGGAGAGCUGCUGGGCGCUUCCCAUGCCCACCUUUCCACAGCACCUUCGCCUGCUCACCAGAGGCUCGAGGGAGGUCCUGCCACCUGGGAGGGCAGCAGGUGCUGUCCCAGAUGAAUGUGGACCACAGCAUGACAGCACUCUAGGGAUCGCCUAGUCCAGGGAUUCUUUUUUUUUUUACAAUUUUUAAACUUGGGAAGCUGUUCUUCAAAUAAAUGUAAUACGUGAAACAGAUCGACAUUAAAAAAAUGA